UAGCUUGUUACCGUCUUUGCGUCCUCUCUCUUGUUGUAGCUAGCGUAAUGUUAUUGGCAUGCGAUGGAGGGCACAGAUACAUAUCUCAUACGACCUAAUCACCAGCACAAGUUUAAGCCAGCCAUUGUGAAGGAGUGUAUUCGUGAAAUUGUGAGAGAGCGACUGUCUGGGUUGCGGUACGACGCAGAGGAAGUCCCGGAGCUGUCCCGUUCACUGGCAGACUGCAUUAAGGACAAAGUGAAGAAUGCUGGGUUUGACAGAUACAAGCUUGUCGUGCAGGUGGUCAUCGGAGAACAACGAGGACAAGGAGUUAAGAUGUCCUCAAGGUGUUUGUGGGAUGCUGACACAGACAACUAUGCAGAAGAUAUUUUCAUGAAUGACAGCUUGUUUUGUGUGGUGGCAGUUUUCGGAAGCUAUUACUACUGAAGACAAGAGGACGAAUGACAGGGAAUUCUUUCAGAUGAAAAGAUGUGAGGUGAACAUCCAAAUGAGACUGCUUUCGGUCAGCAUUUCCAGCUUAUGGUGCGGUGACCUAAAGCAACUGUAUGUAAUUUCUGCAUUUAGAGAUCAACGCAGAUGAGAUACAGUGAAGUGAUGGAUAUCUGUGCUAAUACUGUACUGAUUUUAAAGUGAAGGAUUUCAGGAGGAUUUCCUGACUCGGCUAGAUGUUUAUUAUUAAGACUGAUGCCUCAUUUAUGGAUCAUAAAAUGAUGAUACUUUGACAAGUAUCAUUUCUUACCUCAAAACAAGCAAAUAUUAAUGACAGCAGCAGUCAUUGUAUCCAGUGCUUGGGAGUACUUCUGGCUGCAUUUGUAGUACACUUUUUGUGCUUGACUUUGCACAGCUCCUACAGUAGAGGUCAGUAUUUGUCUGAUUGACAACAUCCUGACAGGGAUAAUUACUGUAGGCCAGCUCCUGUAAUUGAACAGGAAAAACUUACUACAGUUUGAGCCACUGUCAAGUACCACCUUUAUCACCACCUUUAUAAGUGGUGACACUGCUGCCUCUCUGUUUUGCUAUGACUGAACUAACUCAAUAUUAAAUCAAGUUAGUUUGACUUUGACACUGUUUUCUGUUAAUGUGGGCGUUCUAUCCAGCAGUAAACAAAUAUCUAACACGGAAGUUAUUUAGCUUUGCAUUUUGAUGACAGUGACAACAUUUAAAAAAGUUUAAAAAACUGAAAUAUCACAACUUUUGAUCAAAUGUCAAUGAUCAAAAUGCUACAAAUGGCACCUCGAAAAAGCGAGUGAUUAAAACAUAAAACUGCCAACUUACGCAUUUCUAGUCAAACAUAAUUUCUUGGUUUGAGUUGUAUUUGUGAUUUUAGGUAUGUGGUAUUUCUAUGGUCACAUGGCAAGUAUCUGCAUGAGAUACCAUACCUGAAGUGACCGAGAUUGGAUUUUGUGUCUUGUUGCCAUUAUAUUUCAACAGUCAUAAUGUGCUGAAAGACAAAACAAGACAAGCAAGAAAGUGAGGACAAAUGUCUGUCACACAAACACAGAACAUGUUAAAAAAACCCCAAAACAUUUCCCUCAAAUUGUAAUUAAAAAUAAUAUUAAUUUUGAAGCAGUAGUUUGAGAUGGUAGCAGCUUUUUUGAAAUAAACUCUAUAACUUUUACAAUUUUAAUACAAUAGUGUGCUUUUACACAUGGGGGUGGGUUUGCUUCAUGCAUAUAUUAUAUAUUAUAUUAUUUCCACAAAUACAUUUGACAUUAAGUAUUGUGACUUUGAAUGAAAUGACCAAUGAAAUGGCAGUUCUGUGGAGAAUCAUCUUUGCACUUCUCAUAAACAUUCUGGUCAUU